GCCCUAAUACGUUUAGCACCGCGCACUUCCUGUUUCACCUCAAUUACUUUACUAAGUUUCAAUUCAGUCAACAGAUUGAGAAUGAGCCAGCAAGGGACAGUUAUGGAGUCGCAAAGUACCGUUGGUUCGUAACAUGGCGAUGGUCAGAGUGAUUCGCGAUCAAUCGGAGGUUAAUAUUACGAAGUAGACCGCGUUUCCUCACUGAAAUAAGCUCCCCCGAAGCGGAACCGAACCAGCACCAUGCCCGAAGUGUCGAAAAUGAAGAAGCCCGACGUCAAGGUGGUUCUCCUGGGAGACAUGAAUGUGGGGAAGACGUCGCUGCUCCACAGGUACAUGGAGAGGAAGUUCAAAGACACCGUCAGCACCGUCGGAGGGGCGUUUUUCCUCAAACAGUGGGGACCUUACAAUAUCUCUAUCUGGGACACAGCCGGUCGUGAACAGUUCCACGGGUUGGGCUCCAUGUACUGCCGAGGUGCAGCCGCCAUCAUCCUCACUUAUGACGUCACUAACUGGCAGAGCCUUGCUGAGCUGGAGGAGCGCUUCCUGUCCCUGACGGAUACAGCGAACCACGACUGUAUUUACGCUGUAGUGGGCAACAAGGUGGAUCUCACUGACACUAAAGCCCAGCUGUCCCAGGACUCAGAUGUGGCUACUAAAGAGCGAACUGAGCUUGAGGAGGAGAGGGCCGAGUCCCAGGUGCUGUCAGCCGUUCCCACACCUCCUGCCUCCCCUGUAUCUCUCUCCGGGGUGACGCUGCAGAAACAGGUCAGCACCGACGACGCAGUGGCUCUUUAUGGGAGGAUCCUGCGCUACAAAGGCCUGGAGGAAUCCAGCAGCCUGCCCGCUGAGAAGAUGUGCUUCGAGACGAGUGCCAAGACAGGGUACAACGUGGACACUCUAUUUGAGACACUGUUUGAUCUUGUGCUGCCUUCGAUUCUUAGGAAGAGAAAUGAGAACCAGGAGUCUCCCACGGUGGACCUGGAGGAGUACAGAGGGGGAAAUAACAAGCGGGCCAGAUCUACCUGCUGCUAGGACAGGAGAAGCUCACACAUGCUGGGACUUCUUUUGAAAGACAAUCUGAAUAAGUUCACACUGUGAUGAUCAUACUUUAUGCUCUGACUGAAACCCACAGCAUCACUGACCUCUAAGGAUCACUCUCACUGCAGACACACAUUCUCGAAUCUGUGAAGAAAGCCAGAAUAAGCAACUAUCUUCAUUUUCAUAGUGUCAAAUGACAUUUCAAGUGAGGAAGGGAAAUAAAUAUGUGUGUAUAUCAGUGAUUGAGUAGAAACCUAACACACAGAUGACUGAUCUGCAAUCACCUCCCAAAAAUAUUUCCAUUUCAUAGCAAUAAUAAUUUGGGGUGUAAUGAGAUACUCAAUUCACAAAACAUAUCAUGAUACCUAUUUUUGAUGCAUUUUUUUCAAAUUGAUGCAAAUUUCAGAAAAAAGGUGAUUGUACAAGUUUGAAAUAAGCAUUUUUCUUGUUUUUAUUUACACAUUUAAGUCGUACUUUUUAAUUUCAAUGUUGCAUGGUUGCAGAUAUAAAAAAAAGCAUUUUUAUAACUGUCACUUAAACCACAUUUAUACCAAGUUGCAAGCUCAAUACAGUUUAGUAGGGUGUGUAAAGUUGGCAAAAACAGCCCAUCUGUACAUCCCUAUUCAAACAUCUUUCUAUAGGGGCACCAAGCAUAUCCAUCAGACUCUAAAUACUGGGGCUACACAUUGCAAACUACACUGCAAACUGUUGAUUAGUGCAAAGAAUCUUCACAUGCAACAUUCCUCAAUCUGGCAUAAAAUGCUGUUAGAUUAAAAAAAGUCGAUAUACAGUUUAGCUAAUAAAUCCAGUGUGUUACUGGUUAGAACCAAAUGACAACUUAAUUUAGGAGUUAUGAGCUAUUUUAGUGAUGUUAUUUCCAAACAAGCCAGUUACAAGAGCCAGCCCUUCUAUGUGAUUAAAAGGAGUUCGCUCCCAUUUAAGAGCUGGAUUCCUUUAUUCUGAUUUUGUUUUGUUUAAAAGAUGUUAAAAAGCCAAAAUUGAACAAGACAGUCUGGCUGCAGACCGCCACUCUCAGAUGCUUGCCUCUGCACACUAUCGCUGUCAGACUCCACCACUGUUAGGACAGAAAUGCAUGCAAAAAUAUAAAAAAUGAAAAUGGGAAUGCAUGAAAAAGCUGUCAAAAUAAAAUCGACUUACACUUCUGGUUAAGUUAUGGGGGGAUUACAGAAGGGUGGGUUUGAAACAGGCUGAACAACAGUAACAUAUUUUUUAUUACAAACUUUGACACAUAAAGUAGCUUACUUGACCUGCAAAACGAAUUCUGCCACAUAAUAUGACAGACUAAAUGUGCUUGCAGAAAAAAAGCUUGGCCUCCACUAAUGUAGCUAAAGCUGGUCACUGUGUAACUACUUCUAAAACCGUCAAAUUACAUCACUAUCUGUAAUGUGGUGUGUCUCACUGUGGUGGUCUGCAGGAAGGGGCGUCUCUGAGCGAAAGUCUGAAGCAAGAGCCCUCUCAAAUGGUACCAAAUGCAAAGCUGAUUAGGAGCAGAAAAACACUUUUAUUACUGAGUAGAGCUGAAUAAUCCAGAUCUGUAAAAAGAGUUGAAAUUCCCAUCACCAGCAAGACAUGAAGGACAGUAGUUUUGGCAAGAUCUGUGGUGCAGUGCUUUGAGCCAACAAAGGAUAAAGAGCCUAUAGCUCUCUAAUAAACAGGCCUUUUUGCACACUUACAUUCAGCUGCUGCUUGACACCAGGUAGUAAGGGUCAUUAUUAAAUUAUGAUGAGGGAUACAGAAAGAUAGAAGGCAGCACCGCCAGCUCUAUUCAUGUCAUGCUUGCCACCUAAAAAGAAGCAUACUACUCAAUGAUGUGAAACUAAGGGGAUGUAGAAGUGGGGGGACAAAUAGCUGCAUAUAACCUCCACUACACCCCAAGGAGAGAUUAGAGUUUAUUGUAAGAAACUGUGCCAAAUUCUUCUGAAUCAAUCCAGUCUGCUUGGUGGAAACGAGCGAUUCUUCCCCUGAAGAGUGGACCUGGACAGGCAGCAGUCCUUUGAUUGGUCAAAAGAAUUGUCACUUUACAGACAUCUUGCUUUUGUGAUAAACGGCUAAAGCUAAGAAGAACAAAACCAGAAUGCUGGAUGUCCUCUAUUGUUGCCCCUUUUAAAGGUGCGGUUGGUUGGCUGCAUCAAUUUCUAUUGAACCAUCUGGAAGGUUUGGUGGAAAUGCAACAAUAAAAGUACCACUGCUUAAGCAACUGGCAUCCAGUUAGAGCAGAAAAGGCACAUAGUGCCCUCUGCUGGUUGAGAAAAGCAUAACAUCUAUUUUUGUCAGCUUGCUUUAAAUUGUCCAUAUUUCUUUUGAUGUUUUAUCGUAUUGAGAGGUAUCAUUGCAUCCCUAAAAAAAUCAAACACUGCUUUUUGUUAAUGUUUUGGAGCUCAAACCAUGAAUGAAACUGCACUAACUGUUAGUGUGUCAAUGUAUUGCACUGCUUUUUACAUUUCCACUGCCAGAGUUUUCAUACUACUUUUGUUUUCUGUCCUGUUCUUUCACAAGCAUUGUUUGUUUUGCUUCAUACAUAUUGAACAUUUCAAUUAAUGUGUAUCCACAUAAUGAACUUUUAAUAUGCUGUUAUAAUAAAGUUUUUUUUUAUUUUGCA